AUGGCAUCCACACUACCUGUCCGGACCUUGCCCCUGAUCCUGAUUCUGUUGGCUGUCCUGGCUCCCGGGUCUGCAGACUUCAACAUCUCAACCCUCUCCGGUCUGCUGUCUCCGGCGCUAACAGAAAGCCUACUAAUUGCCUUGCCCCCAUGUCACCUCACGGGAGGCAAUGCCACGCUGAUGGUCCGGAGAGCCAACGACAGCAAAGUGGUUAAGUCGGCCUUUGUGGUGCCUCCAUGUCGUGGGCGCCGGGAGCUUGUGAGCGUGGUGGACAGCGGGGCUGGCUUCACCGUCACAAGGCUCAGCGCUUAUCAGGUGACAAACCUAACACCAGGAACCAAAUACUACAUAUCCUACCGAGUACAGAAGGGGACGUCCACCGAGUCCAGUCCAGAGACCCCCAUGUCCACACUUCCUCGUAAAAACAUGGAGUCUAUUGGGUUAGGAAUGGCCCGGACGGGAGGCAUGGUGGUCAUCACAGUGCUGCUGUCUGUGGCUAUGUUCCUGUUGGUUGUGGGUCUUAUCGUAGCCCUGGUCCUGGGGACCCGAAAAUGA